GCAAAUGAAAUCAAAUGGCAAAACACUGUUAACACACAAGGACUGACUCGGACCGCACUGACUUGUCAACUUCGUGCUUAUAUUGGUAUUAAGUGUCCAUUCGUCCAGUACACUAGGCCUGCAGUAGUGACAUUCCAUAUUUCCAGUUAUUCCUGGCAUCAAUUGUAAAGAUAACUUAUAAUUACCAGCAGAAAAAAUUAGCUCAGGUGCAUGUUGAUACUUGUGAUAGCAGAUGACAAACGGAAGAUACACACUUUGCAAUCUAUUCAAAUUUAGUUUAAAAGAAUAAAGUCUUCUCAUUCUAAAAUUCACCGUGCACAACAGAUUUCUACUUUCACUGGAGAUGUCACGAGAAAUGACAGCUAGUGCAUGAAAGUUUUUUUUGGUAUUUAUUGUUGUUUUCGUCUUGUUGGUGUAAUGAUUCCUGAGACUGAUGAUUAUGUUAUACAAAGGUUAAAGUCAGUGGGGAUUCAUCAUAGCCUUUAAGAAUUGUGUCUGAGUAAAAUCAUGAAGAGACGUCACUUGAUGUACCUGCUUUCGGGUGUUUGUGGGCUGUACCUUAUCAGCAGUGUGUGGGUCAUGUAUUUACUCGGUGAUGAGAAAGGGAGGAUGACGGUAAACAAUCUGAUAGCUUAUAUUCAACAUGAGACACCAGAUAACUCACGCUGCCAGGUUGUGGAUUUAUCUGGGAUGUCUUUUGAUUAUGCAAAGGUUGCCAUAGCAACUAAUAAAGACCCUUGGCAACAGUUAUCACAAGCGACCUGUCCUUCUGAAGAUGCUCCUGUUGACAUUCAGAUGGAGAAGGAAUGGGACCAUAUACCAAUCAAUUACCCUAACUUCGUCUUCUCUGUGAGUGGCUGGAUCCAGGUGGUCAAGGUGAAGACUUGGAGGGUGAAACCACUAGAAGUAAUUAUAGUACCACACUCCCACCAGGAUCCAGGUUGGCUUAAGACAUUUGACCAGUAUUACACUUACUACACCUCCUCAACUCUGGAUCUAGUUGUGGACAAACUAACUGGUCAUCCUGACUGGACGUUCAUUUGGUCUGAUGUCAUCUGGUUGGCUAGGUGGUGGUCAGAAGCUUCUGCUGACAAGAAGCUCAAGCUGAACAAAGUGUUGAGUAGUGGUCAGCUGGAGAUAGUGACCGGUGGCUGGGUGAUGACUGAUGAGGCCACAGCUCACUAUGCAGCCAUGCUUUCACAGCUUACUGAAGGUCACCAGUGGCUCAAACAAAAUCUAGGUAUUACACCUAAUGUCAGCUGGGCUGUCGAUCCGUUUGGACAUUCUGCGACAAUGACCUACUUGCUACAAAGGUCCAAUCUCCAGAAAAUGGUAAUCCAGAGAGUCAGCUAUGCUGUCAAACAACAUUUGGCAUCAGGAAGGAACCUGGAGUUCUACUGGACACAAGCUUGGGACCGGGCCCACACCACAGCUAGUCUGUGUCACAUGAUGCCCUUCCUGUCCUAUGCUAUACCGUUCUCCUGUGGCCCUGAUCCUCAAGUCUGCUGCAAGUUGGAUUUUAUCAACAGCAAGUGUUACUAUGGACAAGAAAAGGUGCCACCCAUCCGUGUUGACGACAGCAACGUGGCUUAUCUGGCUGAGGAACUGUGGGAACAGUUUCAGAAGAAGGCUGAGUUAUACCAGCAUGGGGUUCUACUGGUACCACAUGGGGAUGACUUCCACUACAGAUACUCUACAGAAUGGGAUAGGCAGUUGGGUAACCUCACCAAGCUCAUGAAUUUCAUCAACACAAACCCACGCAUGAACACAAAGAUAAGAUUUGGAACACUGAGUGAUUAUUUUACUGCAUUGGCCAAGAAAUCCACAGCCACUGAAGCACUACAGAUCCCGACACUGGCUGGAGACUUCUUCACCUAUACUGACCGUGCUGACCAGUACUGGAGUGGCUACUACACGUCCAGGCCACACCUCAAACACAUGGCCCGCAAAAUCCAGGCCAUUCUCAGGUCCGUGGAAAUUCUCUUCUCCCUGUGUCUUGCUCAGGCAAUACAUAGAAGCACCAUAGAACGCAUAAUGGAAAUACUGAAAGAUGCUGCCAAGCUGCAGACCUACAGACAGACACUGGCUUUGUUUCAACACCACGAUGCCAUCACUGGGACGGCCAAGAGAAAGGUUGUCAGGGAUUACGGGGACAGACUGCAGAAUGCCUUUGUUGGCCUGUCUAGUAUAUUGUGCUCACUGUUAGCCAAGGAGCUCAGUGCCAAGGUGAACAUCGAACAAGUAAAAGUACAACUGAAUAAUGAAUGGACUGCAUAUGGCAAGCUACUGACAAAGAGAACUGUUGUAAUGGAUGGAGCUUGGGACACGGGCCAUGUUGUAGUGUAUAACAGUCUACCACACAGGAGACAAGGCAUAGUGGUAUUACACGUCACAGAGUCAAAGGUCAAGGUGAAGGACCGGACCACAGGUCACUACAUGUCCUGUCAGAUUAACCCUGUGUGGAGUAACAACGGGGUGCUGCAAAUGGACGUUUAUGAGUUAGUAUUUGAGGUAGACUUACCUCCCCUGUCUGUAAGAACUUAUGCCUUGACCAGUGCUACUGAUCACUUCCCAACAAUGGCUUCACUGUCAGUCCCAGUGUCACAAUUGCCAGAUUUCAGAAACAUGGAUGAUCCAGGCUUUACCUUAUCAGCAAUAAAGGAUGCGUUAUUUACCAUAGAGAAUUCAUACCUGUUAGCUUCAUUUGCUACAUGUACAGGAAAACUGCAGUAUACCACAAGAAAAUCUGAUGGGCAAACGCUAAAGUCAGAGGUCAAAUUCAUGACCUAUGGAACAGGAUCUAAGUACAACAUCUUCAAAGAUAAAAGUGGAGCCUACACCUUUCAACCCGACGGGGCGGCAAAGCCACUCCUUGACGACGGUGUAAAAGUUUACGUAGUGGAAGGUCCUGUCAUGUCCAAGGUCAUAGCUGUCCAAUCUGACAUUGUUCACACCACAACGCUUCACAACAAAUCUGCUGGUGUGUAUGUGGACAAUGUGGUGGACAUGAGUAGUGGUCAAUGGAACAACACUGAGCUGGUACUACGAUUGGACACAGCAGUAGUAGACCCUGACAACAGACUGUGUGUGGAUCUCAAUGGGUUUCAGAUGUACAAAAAGAGAACAAGAAAAAAACUGACAAUCCAAGGAAACUUUUACCCAGUGACAUCAAUGGCUGUCAUAGAGACCAGUGAGGAGAGAUUGACCCUCAUGACCUCAGCAGCUCAUGGAGUGGCUAGUCUUAAUCCAGGUGAACUAGAGGUGGUCCUGGACCGGCGACUCCUACAGGGGGACUGGAGGGGGCUCAAUGAGGGUGUCACUGACAACAUACCCACACACAGUCAGUUUGUACUGCUGUUUGAGAGACGCCAUCAAUCACCCAUCAAGGAGGAUUCCCUUAUGUGCUACCCUUCUCCUAUGGCUAUGGUAAUGUCCGAUAGUUUGGAACAGCCGCUGGACAUACUGAUCACCGAACAAAAUUCUGACCAAUCACAGCUGGUGAGGGACGGGCUGGACCUGCCGUUUCCACAGCUUCCCUUCCACACCCACUUGGUGUCAUUGAGUUUUCUGUACAUGGACGGAGGUAACCGGUCGCAGGUCCUUCUGCUGAUUCACCGAAGACUUGCAGACUGUGGCUUCCUUUGUUUGGACUGGCACUGCCAAUCUCAGUCAACUGGUUCAAUUGAUCUGACAAUAAAUUCCAAAUCAAUUUUCAUCGAGUCAGUGGAAGAGACAAUUCUAACUGGGGUGAAGGUCAUACAGAAGGUCAAGGAUAGAAGACUUAGUGUGCCUCCCAUGGAAAUCAAGGCCUACAGAAUCUCCUUCACAUAGUGUUAAUACAAGGACAUGUACUGUUCUAUUGAUUCAGACGGCUCAUUGUCAAACAGAUGAAGAAAUUAAUCUACAGGACUAUUGAUAUAUGUAAGCAUUUGGUCUGAGUUGGGUCUCUCAACUUCAAGAAAUUUCAUAAUAUGUGAUUAUUGUGUACUGUUAGAAAGUGAGUGAAGAGUUUUAGUGAGGUAUAUGUGAUGAGUGUGUCCGGAAAGUAUUGACAUAAUUGGUAUAGUGGGGAAGACUUGUAUCAACUUUUUGUGUGUUUUCUAAUGGUUACUGUUUCUAUUGAAUCUGUUAACGUUGGGCACAUCCAAACAUCAUUCUGUGAUACUGAAUGCUGCAUUUCAUGUACUCUUUUGUUGUAUACACAUGAAUAUUUGUGGUUUAUAUCGCAACAACAAUAAACAUAUUUGAAUUAUAACUAUCUUCUCCUCUUGGGAUGUUAACAACUCUGAAGCAUUUGGCUCCAUUGCCAUCAAAAGGGUAGUUGGGAUGUGAAGUUAUACAGCUUAUGGUUUACAAAUAUUUUCUAGUUAAAACUAUCUCUCCAGUGUGUAUCGGUAUAAUAAAACAGUUAAAGUAUGGGGUCGAGAGAUAUAGCAAGUUGCUGGUGUCCCUUGACCAUGCCUAUUUCCCUCGGCUUCGCCUCGGGGGGAAAAAGAUCUUGUCUCGGGACACCAGAAACUUGCUAUAUCCCUCAACCCCAUACUUUAACUGUAUAUUAACUUGGGUUGACUGGCUUUUAGUUAUCUUCAUUUUAUUAAUCUUAUGAUAGCAUUUGUCUAAAACACAUCUUCAAAUUACCUUAUGUUGUUAAUCUCAUGAUAGUAGUUGGAAAAGUAAACUUCCUUAAGUGUGUUUGUAUGUGAAAUGAUACAUGUAAGUAUAAUGAGUGGUUGAAGAGAUGUCUUUGACAGCUUUCAUUUAAUUUUUUAACACAACAUUCGAGUGCUGUACACAAUACAUAUAUAGCAACAUUGCAUUGUUGUUCAAAGAUAUGAUUUGUUUCCUCGACAUCUGUUUUAUAUUUCCCAGGGAUUAACCUGGCAACUUUUAACACUUUUACAUCUCACUUGUCAGUAGAUUUCAAUCAUGCUCAAUUAAUUUGUUUUAUGUCACCUAACCUGUGACCCGUUAAGGCCCAUGGGCCUCGUUGUCAUCAACAGUUUUGCUAUUUAAGACUAUGAAAAUUUAGAUCUCAUCUGUGAUUUUAGAUACCAUUAAGCUUGCCAUCAAAUUUGUUAACAUUUUAUUUAUAUACUGUACCUCACUUCUAUGGAACAUCACAUCCUAUACACAAACAUUUACCUGGAACCAUACCUGUUUGUCUAUUGGAUAUCUUUUACACAUACAUACAUAGCAUUGUAUUGUGUUUGUCUUCCAUGGCAGUCCUGAGCUGUUGCGAGUACUUCAAGCCAAUUCCAGUUACUUCCCUUUGUCUUGCCUCAAGAAUGUACCAUGUACUCUCUUGUCAAACAAGUGUAACAUUUCUGACCUGAAAUUACUAUAACCUGUCCACCAUCAUUGGACACACCCUUUCUCUUUAAUACUUGCCAUUGACUUUAUACUAGUUUAUUGACUUAUUUCAUUACAAUUUACAACCUGAAGUGCACUUUACAUUUUUUCUAGUAAAUAUUAAAUACAAUUUGUUGAAAAUCA